CCCUAGGCUCGGUGGGAAGUUGAGUCUCUUCACCGCAUCUCCCAUUUUCCACAGGUUUCGCGAGAUUUACAUAGGCGGGCUGGUGUGUGGCAGCGUUUCUCUGCCAGACGAACUGAACAAUACUGAUAUGAAAUCUGCGUAAAGUAGCCUUUGACUUUCUGGAGGCAUGUCCAAGAAAAGGGGCAGAAAGCGGAGCAGUGGGGAGCUGAGCGACACGUUGAGCCCGGAUCCCAACAGCAUCCUGGGUGUCCGUAUUCAGCAUAACUGGCGUGAGAAGGGGAACCAGAGCAAAUGGAAGGGAACGGUGCUCGACAGGCUCAGCGUGAACCCUUCUCUCUUCAUGGUGAAGUAUGACGGCUUUGACUGCGUCUAUGGCAUCGAGCUGUUUAAGGACGACAGAGUGUCGAACCUGCAGGUCUUGUCAGAAAAUGUUGUAAACAACAAGAUCAAGAUGCCUCCAGGGGCGGAGGAGCUGGUGGGCAAAGCUGUGGAGCAUCUGUUUGAAAAGGAAGAUGGAGAAAAGAACGAGUGGAGGGGCAUGGUCCUUUCCAGAGCUCCCAUUAUGACCAACUGGUAUUAUAUCACUUAUGAAAAGGACCCCGUACUUUAUAUGUACCAGCUGUGGGAUGACUAUGCUGACGGAGACCUCAGGAUUCUGCCUGAAGCAGAAAACAAGCACCUGUUGCCAGCAGACAGGAAGCCAGGAGAGGAGACGGAGAGCCUGGUGGGGAAACAGGUGGAGUAUGUUACUGACAAGGGUGUGAAGAGAACAGGCCUGGUCAUCUACCAGGUCCCAGCCAAGCCCUCUGUCUACUAUAUCAAAUACGAUGAUGACUUUCAUAUCCAUGUCUAUGACUUGGUGAAAACCACCUAGAGAUAGUGGACACUUUAUCUCACUCUCUCCAGCCUCCCGCCAUCUGCUUCUGUUCCACUCAUCGUUAUAACCCGUUAUCCAAAGCCAUGGCAGGGUCGAAUAGUUAAUAUGCUUUUUAUUGUUCAGAAGAAAGUGCAAUCUGUUUUUCAUAUGCACAGCAGAACUGUAGCACUGCUAUGCUUGGCUAUUUCGAGGAGGUGGAGUCGACUUGUUUUAUUGUUGCUGCUCUACUUUAUUCUUUAAGUUUGGACAGUCCAAAAAAUUGCACUGCCCAACAGCUGCGAAGUGCAGUUGUUACUGCAUUUGUAUUGUUGUACUUGACACAUUCGCUGAUUUGUCCUUAAAGUGAUGAUCUUAAUUAAAACCCGGUGUGACUAAAAAAGCUGCUUAAAAUAUUCUUUUGAAGACACUGAUGAUCUACACAUUAUGUUUGGGAUAGAAAGCUUCCAUUGAGGCAGAUAAAUUAUUGUAUUUAUCAAACUGUAUUAUCAAAUUUUAGCAUUAGUACUGGAAGGAAUGUAUGAAAGCAGGAUUGUAGAAUCACCUGAAAGGGGCCCUGAUAUUUACAAAAGCCUUUUAGAUGAAUUAUGCUCAUGUGGAAAUAUACUCCUGCACCUUUGCACCAUAUUUAGCAUCAUAUCAGAUCCUUUGCACUGGUGAUGAGGACGCAGUUUGCUAAAUUCUCAUUUAAAUUCGAUCCCACACAAAUCAUAAAGUGCCUUCCGGCUUGUCAUUUUGCAAUAUUGUACAUACUAUAUCUCCGACUAUUUACGCUCUUAUUGAAUCAUUGCGUGUAAUGGCUGCUCUUUGGUUUUCAUUUGGAAGUGGUGACACUGACAGCUUGAGGAAAGUCUCGCAGCCAUCGGUUUAUAUUAGUGCUGUUUUGCUCUUAAUGCAGUAUGAAAAUGUUCUACAAAUAUUACACACAUCAUCGGUUGUAAAAGCUCACUGUUGAUCUUGUGGGGAGCACUUUAUUGUAUAAAGUUUACAUGUUUAGGUUAUGCUACGCUAUAUAGUUUCCCCCAAACUGCUUUUUCCUUAAGAGAAAAUGUGGCAGAAUAAAUGCUUUAUAUCUUACGCAUGAAGAAAAAAAAUAAAAAAAAAACUUGUUGCAAUACACACAGAUGACAGUAUUUAAUAUGUACAACUUGUGUAAAAUGCCUUGUAAUGUUGCCUCUUGUGGUUACUCUCAUUUAUACAGAUAUUUCAUCAGAACACCACCAGCUUUUAGUGAAAGGGUUGUUUAUUUACAUUAAUUAUAAACUGAAUAUUUAACAGGUAUAACCAACUGACAAGCCAGUUUGUUGACAGUUACUAACUCUGGUUCUAGUCUUUAUAACUUUGUCUUGCAAACAUGUAUGCUUGCAGUAUGCAUUUCAUCCCAACUCUGUUAGUAGCUGCUGAACUGAUCUUGGCCCUCUCAGUCCUCUCAAGUCACUCAGUGUAUCCCUUAGCAAACUAGUCAAUCAGUAGGUAUACUGUUACUGUUAUUUUUAGCUGUCAAACUCAGCAUGCAUAAUCUGAACAGAGUGUCUGGAAGUAUUCAAACUUUAUUUCAACAGUAGAGAAGUGACAGUGUGUGGCAGAAGCGGCUCCGUUUGUUUGACCUACUUAAAAAAAGAAAAAAAAGAGGUUGACACUGUGCAUCACCGCUGCUGGUGCUGUGUGGUGUUUCUGUGUUGUGUAGAGUGGAGUUAUAAAUGAC